AUGAAUUCUAAUAAUGUGCUACUAUCACCACCAGCAUCGCCUCAACUUAAAUACACUCAUAAUGAACCACUUCAGUCGUCGUUCAGUGUCGCGUCAUUACUUGGUGAAAAAUUAUUCCAAAAAAGUACUCUAAAUAGUGAAAUAAAAAAACACGAUAAUGCCCAUCCCAAUCUUCCACCCACACCUCAGCCGUCGGACACAGAGGAAGAUGAACAGCCCCCACGCAAACGCAUCAGAUGCACUGAGCAAUGUGGAGAAUUAGCAAAGUUAUUAUUAGAUGGAACGCCUCCACCAAGUCCAGAGCCAGUGCGGGCUUCAGUAAUAAUGCGCGCAAAUCGAGAUGGUACCUGCAGUCCAGCAAAUUUAUCUAUAAAAAACUCAACCGCUGGCAUGUCACCAGUAGUAGGAUUAUCUUUGCGUUUAAAACCACCAGCAGCAGUUACGUUAGAUAAGCCAGUCGUUGAGACAGAAAACAUUUUGAAGACCCUCAAGUUCAAGAUGAGUCUACGCAAAGAAGAGAUUAUUGUUAACAGCAAAAACACAGACCGAGAGAGUCAAUGUCAGAAGUUACAACUGCUAGCACCUAAACCGCCUGCUAUCACAAUGGUAGCUGGUAUCCUGGGUACGCCUUUAGUUUUACCCACAUCAACAGCAACGCCACUUCUCUUUGUCACAUCACCGACAAUAACAACGACAAGUUCUACAGCCCCCGGCAGUCUAGACUCUGGAGCACGUAGACGAGUUUAUGAAUGCGAGUACCCGGGUUGUGGUAAAAACUACUUCAAGUCAUCGCAUCUUAAAGCUCACAAGAGGACACACACUGGAGAACGACCCUUUCCGUGCCCUUAUGAGGACUGUGGAAGGAGAUUUUCUCGUAGCGAUGAAUUGUCCAGACACAAGAGAACUCACACGGGUGAAAAAAAAUUCGUUUGUUCUGUUUGUCAAAGGCGAUUCAUGAGAAGUGACCAUUUAGCUAAGCACGUUAAGCGACACACUAAAGAUAGAAAUUUAUCAUCGAGUGCGUUAAUGUCUUCAUCAUUAUCAUCCUCAUCUUCGUCGUCUUCAUCAUUAUCAUUACCAACAGCUGCUCAUCUUCAAUCUCACAAUACAGUCACACCUGCGCCACUUAGAAUAAAUUUACUUCCAGUAAUAGCACCGCGAUUGCAACAAUGUAAUACGCAGACAUUUAUCUCCCAGAGUCUUUGA